AUGAAAGUCGGGAUCCUUGCUCUUGUUCGUAACGAGCACGAGGUGCUCUAUUUCACAGCCGGAGAGCGAUGGAGAUUCGAGAUCUCUUCUCGGUUCAAAUGGGCAGCUCCUGACUUGAGAGCCAUUAUAACCCAUAACACGGCUCACAACAACACUGCUGGACUUCGUGUUACGGUGAAAAAUAUGAAACAGUCUGCACUUGACAAAUAUUUUGAUGGUAUCCUUUUCCUUCAUCCACCACCACCAGACACUGUUCUACAAGCCCGCCAUCCUACCACUGCUGGCCAUGGCUACAUAUGCACCGGUGAACGAUACCUAUCGAAGCUGUACUGCAAGGGUUUAUUCGUCUUUGAUUACCGUGAAAAGGGACGUCAAGAAACAUCGGACGAAGAAAGCGACUCAGACGACUCGGAGGAUGGCGCUACGUCUCCUGCUCGGAACGGUUUGCACUAUGGCUACAAUUUUCUUCGAGAUCUAAAGCUUGGCCGAGACCGCGAUAUUCCGUCGUCAACCAGCGUAGCCGAGCUGGUGUCAAAUCUCUGGAUGGACUUGCUUGCGGAGGAAGUAAAUGACAUUCCGAGCGCUUCAUUCAACUCCAUUAAUGGCUCGCAGUGCGCUACGGCGUCUCUUGCAAAUCGCUUUCUGGAUCUGUUCGAACUGGCUCCCCACUGCCUGGAUAUUUCAGACGCUCGUUGGUUUUUUGGGAAGAAGUAUGGUGCUGAGCAUGCAGGUCGCGUCGUGAGCCAUCUCUGGGCCACAUACCUAUCCCGUAAGAAGAAGGAACAUGAUGGUGCCACGAUCUGGGUUUAUGAUCAUAGAAAAGACGACUCAGAAGAGCAGCAAAAAAUUAUACGCUCCUUGGGAAUGAUAAGCAUAUCUCCACCAGACGGGCUUUUCAACCUUUUCAAGGACUACAAGCUCACACGAACGCCGGACGAGGAGCAAAAGAGACGUUUCAAACUUCUCGACGCUUCCACUUCUUUCGAGGGGAAAUUUUCAGCACAUGUGCGACAUCUUGUAAGCGUUGCACGGGACUGCCAGGCGAAUCUCCGUGGACGCCCAUGUCAGUGGAAGCAUGCGCAAGCUGUCGAUGCCACAGCCAGUCAGUCGCAGCAUAUGUUCCCCUUCCGACGAUGUCAAUCACAGCCCACAGAGAAUCGUCUUGAAGGCAGUAGUCAAGGGGUUAGCAGUUCCUCUUUCGAACUGGAUGUCUUCAUUUCGGAGGACACACUCUUCCUCAACGACCGUAACCUCUCCUUUGAUUAUGUUCAUUCCGAAGGAAAAGGUGGAUCGACCAGCUGCCCUGCAUUCGAUUCAACGAACGACACCGACCUCGAAUCAAUAGUCUGCGAUUGCUCUGUUCAAGAUCUAGUCAAUCAGAUCGUUCAGGAUUGCAACCUCAAAGCUUCCAAGAAGCAGCUGAGUGGUCACUUGAGGGACAUGAACAAUGUGUUCCUCUUAUUCCCUCGUAACCUCUCGUUUUUGUUCCGCUCCUUGUACAACUCCCAUGCGCAUCCGGUCGAGACCACGCUCACAUGGACGACACAUGUGCACGAUGCGCUCAACUUCGUAGUUAAAGUAUGCCCUGGUCAAUGGACAUUGCAACACACAAUUGAGGAUCCGGAUAUUAUGUUAAACGAAGCCGUCACCGGUGACAAAAGCUCGGAAGGUCAAGGUUAUCCGGACGGGGAUCAUGAGAUAGGUAACAAAGAAGUGAGAGAUGAACAUGUCCAUGAAGCAGAUGCGGAACGGACCACCAGUGAGCAAGAUGCUGGUUCUGACGAAACUCAAAUUCUCAGUCAAGCGGAGAACGGUCACGAACGGGCGGAGUCCGUAUUUCUUACAACUGUCGACCCUUCAAUCACAUUAUCGAACCUAGAUCCAGGACAAACCUACACCGUCCAGGUCUGCGCACGAAGACCGACUCGAGUCGCCUACUCCGUGCCAACCCUACUCCAAUGUCCUCUUGAUCGGGUACAAACCCUUUCUGCCAACGUAACAUCCAAUGUCCUCGAGGUCUCUUUUGAACAGGUCACCAAUGCAGUGAAAUAUCUGGUCACUCUAUGUUUCUCCGACGACCACAAAGAGGAGUUUGAGACUAAGAGUGUCCCGUGGUUUUAUGAAAUGGAUGGCAGCGACUCUAGCAUUGAGAGUAUUGCAGUGGUAGGAGUGAGCUCGGGUGGGAUCCAGAGCUAUGAAGCACGGACGGCAAAGCCCAUAUAUGUUACACCCCCUGCCCGGGCCGCCGUCGACAACGAAAGUGAUGCAAGUAGCCCAACAGAUAACGACUUGGGUGGGAUCCAGAACUAUGAAGCACGGACGGAAAAGCCGGAAAAGCCCAUUUAUGUUACAGCCACCAUCGACUACGAGAGUGAUGCAAGUAGCUCAGCAGAUAAUGACCUAGACUAUGUUCCGGAAUCUGAUGGGGAGUUCGAGGAUGACGGUGAUUUUGUGCCAGAGAUGGUGAUAGAGGGCUACCAGUCCCACAAGGCUGGCGUGGCAAGCCAGCAUGAUUAUCGUUCACUCGGCUCACUUGACCUACAUGGACGAAGCAUUAAGCAAGGCGACGUGAUGGAAGUGCACCUUCGUAAAUCCCAUGCGGCUGAUAGGGGUCGUCGUUUCCUUCAUUUUUUGCUUUAUAUCAACGAAAUUUGGGAGAGACGCAAGACCAACAAGACCGAACUAGUUUUACAAUGUCGUCAAUAUCUCAGCGAGCACGACUUCAAGGACUCAUCUCUUGGCCAGGAUCCAACAGCAUUCGUAUCAUACAGAGAUCUAUCCGCAAAUGACCGAGAAGUGUUUCUUAUACUUCACUCUGACGGGGAGCAGUCUGUAGAUAUCCUUGUCGACGAUAUCGCAAAGAUCAUCUCAGUGUAUGACGAACACCACGGAAGGGAGCCUCCGAAGGCUGGACACAGAGACGACAAUCUCGGCUCCUUCCAUUGUAGCUGGGCGCUUGGCCUUCACUCUAAGGCGCAAUUCCUUACUCCACUUCUGGAUGACUACCUUCCACCGAAGCCACCGAAGCCCCGGUCGCUCGGUGUCGCUGAUUUUUUCUGCGGUGCAGGGGGCUUUUCGCUGGGGUUCUCUGACGCCGGAUGGGACCCACAGCUUGCCGUCGAUUCCAACAUUCACGCCUGUAAUACCUUCAAGAUGAACCAUCCCACCACCGACAUUCACUAUACCAAAGUUGAGACCUUCUUGACAGAGAAGCAUUAUAUAUACAGACCUCCACCAUCUUGUGCAGUUGCCCUCAUAUCACCUCCGUGCCAAGGCUUCUCAUCGGCUAAUCCUGGUGGCAAGAAUGACGAAGAAAAUCGCAAAGGGCUGGCAAUUUGUAGUAGAAUUGCAGAGACGUUGAACGCUCAUCACGUUCUGAUAGAAAAUGUUCCUGGGUCAGUACUUGUUACCUUUCAUGGGACGUGA